GAAUUUGCUAUUUUAAGCUUACCAAAUUUCCCUAAAACACCUUCAACCCAAUCUCCGCCUCCGGUCACACAUCUAAUUUAAUCCACCUAGGGUUUCGAGCCGCCGGAAAAACCCGAUUUUUCCGACGAAUCUAUUGAAUUGAUUUAGGGUUUGUUUGGAUGAGAAUAAAAGAUGCCGCCUAAGCAAUCUAAAGCCGAUGUAGCAAAGAAGCAAAAGGUUGUCGAAGACAAAACAUUCGGUCUCAAAAAUAAGAACAAGUCUAAGAAUGUCCAGAAAUAUGUUCAGUCACUACAGCAAAAUGUUCAGCCUAAACCUGAUCCUAAGAAACUUGAUGCCAAGAAAAAGAAGGAAGAAGAGAAAGCCAGAGAGAGAGAGCUUAACGAAUUGUUCAAAGUCGCUAUUAACCAGCCUAAAGUGCCUCUUGGUGUCGAUCCAAAAUCCAUCUUAUGUGAGUUCUUUAAGGCGGGGCAAUGUGCUAAGGGUUUUAAGUGCAAGUUCUCUCACGAUCUGAAUGUUCAGCGAAAAGGAGAGAAGAUCGAUAUUUUCAGCGAUAAGCGUGAUGAAGAUGGAAAGGAAACAAUGGACGAUUGGGAUCAAGAGACAUUGGAGAAGGUUGUGGCAUCAAAAAGUCAGGAGUAUAACAAGAACAAACCAACUGACAUUGUAUGUAAAUACUUUUUGGACGCUGUGGAGAAGAAGCAGUACGGUUGGUUUUGGGCCUGUCCAAAUGGUAAAGAAUGCCAUUACAGGCAUGCACUUCCUCCUGGGUAUAUUCUAAAGUCACAAAUGAAAGCUUUGUUACAGGAGGAAUCUGACAAGAUGCCUAUUGAAGAAGAAAUUGAUGAACAGCGUGCAAAAUUGACUGCUUCAACUCCUUUGACCACUGAGUUAUUUAUGGAAUGGAAAAAAAGGAAGAUGGAUGAAAAAGAGGCCAAUUUGGCCAAGCAGAGGGCAGAUAGAGCUAAGAAUGAUCGCAUGAGUGGUCGUGAGCUGUUCAUGUCGGACGCUAGCUGGUUUGUGGAUGAUAUCGGGGCCUAUGACAUGUAUGAAAGGGAAGAAGAGUCUGGUGAACCCCCGAAGGAGAAUAAGGAUUCUGCUAAAAAUGAGGCAAGCUCCUCGACGUCGGCCCAGAAUAUUCACGAUGGUGGUAAGGCUCCUCAUAAUGACGAAGUGGAUGACAAUUUUGAUGACGAUGACGAUGACUUUGAUGUGGAUGAGUUAAAUGAACUGGAAGCAAGCCUUUCAAAAACGUCGUUACAAAUCAAUGAACCUGGUAGUCGCGCUUGACCUAGGUCCCAAAGUAAUAUACCUCUCGGUGCAUGCUCUUUCAUGUCUACGUGAUACAGAAUCAUGUUGGCAUGUAAAUGGAAUGAGAUGAUAUGUAACCUAUCCGUGUCCUUAAUAAUUGAUCUUCUAUGUUAUUAGGCUUUACCCUCAGUUCGAUGAGUUGUGACUUGUUGCUUCCGGAAUUUUGUGAUGAAUUGAACUUCUCUGGUUGUUUUACUGCCACAAAGAGAGCUAUCAUUUGUACUUUACUUUUACUACAACUACUAUUAUUUCGCUUGGAA